UAACUAUGGAGGAUCAGAACGACGACGACGCCAUUUCCAGUUCCGAAGUUUCCAGGCUCCGAUGGCACGUGUUCUUAAGCUUCAGAGGCGAAGACACACGCGACCCCUUCAUAAACAACCUCUACACCUCGCUCCACAACAAGGGCAUUCGAGCUUUUCGCGACGAAGAUGGGUUACGCCGCGGGGACGAGAUAGCGCCGACUCUACUCGACGCGAUCGAGGAGUCUGCGGCUUCCAUCGUCAUCAUCUCCCAAAACUACGCGUCGUCGUCGUGGUGUCUCGAGGAGCUUUCCAAGAUAUGCGAGUGUAAGAGGCUCAUACUCCCUGUGUUCUACCAAGUUGACCCCUCGGAUGUUCGAAAACAAAGAGGACCCUUCUUUGGAAAACAUUUUAGGGAGCAUGAAGAGAAGGGAACUGAGAAGGAAAAGUUAAUGAAGUGGAGGAAAGCCAUGGAAACAGCUGGUGGAAAAGCUGGUCUUGUUUUCAAAGACAAAGACAUAGACAGGUAUGUGUGUUUGAUUCAACGUUUAGUCAAAAGGGUGUUGGAAGAACUAAAUAGUACUCCACUGAAUGUGGCUCCUUACACAGUUGGACUCGAGUCUCGCAUUGAAGAAUUGAUGAGCUUGUUAGAUGUUAGAUCCAAUGGCGUUCAAGUUUUGGGAUUAUAUGGGGUGGGUGGGGUUGGUAAGACCACACUUGCGAAAGCUCUUCACAAUAAACUUGUUGGUAGCUUUCAGUACCUCGUUUUCAUGAAAAAUGAUAGAGAAAAUUCUGAAGAUGAAGAUUUAGUGUACCUUCAAAACAAACUUAUCAAUCAUAUUUCUCCUGGUAAGCCUCCUGUGUAUGAGGUUAGUUCUGGUAUCUCUGCAAUCAAAGACGAAGUUUAUGAGAAGCGAGUUCUUAUUAUUAUGGAUGAUAUUCACAAUGUAAGACAGCUUGAAGUGCUAAUUGGGAGAAGAGAUUGGUUUUCUGAAGGAAGUAGAAUUAUUAUUACCACAAGAAACAGAGAUGUUUUACCUGAUCAUCUUGUGAAUGGGUUUUAUGAGGUCAGAGAGUUGGCCUUCACUGAGGCACUACAACUUUUUAGCCACCAUGCGCUAAGAAGAGAGAAACCCACAGAAAGAUUUAUGAAUCUAUCCAAGCAAAUGGUCUCUCUUACAGGAGGUCUACCAUUGGCCCUGGAAGUAUUUGGUUCUUUUUUGUUUGAAAGGUGGAGAAUAGAGGAAUGGAAAGAUGCCCUGCAAAAGUUGAAAAGGAUUCGUCCACGCAAUCUUCAGGAUGUGUUGAAGAUAAGCUAUGAUGGGUUAGAUGUACAAGAACAGCGCAUAUUCCUUGACAUUGCAUGUUUAUUCAUUAAAAUGGAAAUUAAGAGAGAGGAUAUACUUGAUGCAUUGAAAGGUUGUGGUUUUAGGGCUGAGAUAGCAGUUACAGUGCUCAGAGCAAGAUCACUCAUUAAGAUUUUUGAGGACAAUUCUUUGUGGAUGCACGAUCAGAUUAGAGACAUGGGAAGACAAAUUGUUCUAGAUGAAAGUCCUGUAGAUCCUGGUAUGCGAAGUAGACUGUGGGAUCGUGAUGAAAUCAUGAGUGUCUUAAAGGGUGAGAAGGGAACAAGAUGUAUAGAAGGAAUUGUCCUAGACUUCGAAGGGAGGCCCAUUGUUCAGGAUCCAAGUGAAUGGUGCAAGAAAUUUCUUCAGGAUAAUGCGGAGAAUGAGAGAAAGGUAGUACUUCACACUAAGUCCUUUGAAUCAAUGGUUAAUCUAAGACUUCUUCAAAUCAACCAUGUGAGAUUGGAAGGGAAGUAUAAAUAUCUUCCAGCUGGACUAAAGUGGCUACAAUGGAAAGAAUGUCCUCUGAAAACUCUUCCUUCUGAAUUUUUUCCUCGGGAACUUGCUGUCCUUGAUCUCUCAAGAAGCGGAAUUGAAAAAGUAUGGGGUUCGUGUACUAGCAAGGUAGCUGAGAACUUGAUGGUUAUGAAUCUCAGCCGUUGCUACAAUUUAGCUGCUAUUCCUGAUUUAUCUGGGAACCAUGCCCUGGAAAAGCUUAUUCUUGUGGGUUGCAAGAAACUGACUAAGAUUCAUGAAUCACUUGGGAACAUGAGUACAUUACUUCAUUUGAACUUGAGAGAAUGUUCUAACCUAAUCAAAUUUCCAACUGAUAUCUCUGGGCUACAAAAUCUUGAAAUCCUUGUUCUCUCUGACUGCUCAAAAUUGAAAGAGUUACCAAUGAACAUAGGAAGCAUGAAAUCUCUUAAAGAACUUCUUGUUGAUAACACUGCUAUAGCAAAGUUACCAGAGUCCAUUUUCCGCCUUACAAAACUUGAAAAGAUUGAUCUAAAUCAUUGCCAACUCUUAAGAAGACUACCCAACUGCACUGGAAAGUUGUCUUCCCUGAAAGAACUCUCUCUUAAUAAUUCUGCUAUAGAAGAAAUACCUGAUUCGGUUGGAUCUUUGUCAAACCUUGAGAUAUUAAGUUUAAUGUGGUGUGGAUCACUUACUGCCAUUCCUGAUUCUGUUGGCAGUCUCAUAUCGUUGACACAACUUCUACUUAAUGGUAGUGCAAUCAAAGAACUGCCUAUUUCUAUUGGUUCAUUGUCAUAUUUAAAGGAGUUAUCAGUUGGAAACUGUAAGGAUCUGAGCAAAUUGCCUGAUUCAAUUGAAGGACUAGCUUCUAUGGUUGAACUUCAGUUAGAUAGAACGCCAAUCACACAUCUGCCGGAUCAGGUAGGUGCCUUGAAAAUGCUAAGGAAGCUUGAGAUUAGGAAUUGUAAAGAUCUUAGAUUUUUACCAGAAUCAAUUGGAAGCAUGUUGGCUCUUACUACUUUGAACUUUGUCGGUGCCAAUAUUUCUGAAUUGCCGGAAUCCAUAGGAAUGCUGGAAAAUCUUAAUAUAUUAAGAUUGAACAAGUGUACACAACUCUGUAAGCUUCCUUCUUCAAUAGGAAAUUUGAAGUCCUUGCACCAUUUGUGGAUGGAAGAAACUGCUGUAACAGACUUACCUGAAAGCUUUGGGAUGCUCUCAAGUUUAAUGAUACUAAAAAUGGCUAAGAAGCCUUACAUUGAGUUAUCUGGAAACGGCAUGCCUAAUUCUAUUGAAUUUCCUACGUCUUUCUCCAAUCUAUGCUCGCUAGUAGAAUUGAAUGCUCGUGCUUGGAAACUAUGUGGGAAGAUUCCUAAUGAUUUUGCAAAGUUGUCAUCAUUGGAAAGUUUAAAUCUAGGCUACAAUAAUUUUUUCAGCCUUCCGUCUAGCUUGUCGGGCCUUUUCAAUCUUAAAAAGCUUUUAUUGCCCGACUGCAAAGAGCUCAAGUCUCUCCCUCCACUUCCCUCAAACUUGGAGGAGGUGAAUGUUGCUAACUGUACUGCAUUGGAAAGUGUGUCCGAUCUUUCCAACUUGGAAAGAUUACAGGAGCUGAACCUUGCAAACUGUGAGAAGGUGGUGGAUAUUCCGGGCCUCGAAUGCUUGCAGUCAUUGACAAGGUUACACAUGUGUGGCUGCAAAGCAUGCUCUUCUAUGGUUAAAAGAAGACUGUCUAAGAUUUGUUUGAGGAACAUACGCACUCUUAGCAUGCCUGGAACCAAGAUUCCAGAUUGGUUUUCUCGAGAGGGGGUUAGAUUUUCAGAACACAAAAACCGUGAGAUCAAAGGUGUGAUAAUAUGUGUUGUUGUCUCUCUCGAUCUCCAAAUACCGGAUGAGUUAAGAGAUCAACUCCCUAUAAUAGCAGGUAUAAAAGCAAAUCUUGUCAAAAUGAAUAAACCUUUAUUCACUACAAUGCUGGAAUUAAAGGGAGUUCCAAAGACGCAUGAGGAUCAUCUGUACUUAUGUCGGUUUCCAGAUUGUCAUCCGAUAGUUUCUAAGUUGAAAGAUGGUUAUGAGAUCAAUGUUAUAGAGCAUGACCCACCAAUGAUUAAAGGGCUUAAGUUGAAAAGGUCUGGGAUUUAUUUGGUUUUUGAAGGUGAUGAUGAUUAUGAAGGAGAUGAAGAAUCAUUAGACGAAAGCCAACUAUCUAUUUCAGAAAAGCUAUCAAAGUUUUUCAGCUGUCUGGAAGAGGAAGAUCACACCUCUCAAUCUGAUUGUGUAGUUGAAAGCCAAGUGCAAGCGAUUGAGGAAGAAGAAGAAGAAAGAGAAAUAUCUGAGCCUGUUUGGUGGGACUUUCUGAGGCCUUUGCAUAGGUGUUUUUGCCUAUAAAAAAGAGAAGCUACCUGCAAUCCUUGACUCAUCUGCUACUAGUGCUACAAGGCCAACAUCACCUUUCAGGUAAAAUGCAGCUUGGAUUCAAGCAUUUUGACCUCCAAGCACGCAUGCUUCUGCUUGUGAAUUUCAGGCAAGGGACUGGGUCUCCUCCACACAAUGUAUAAUUCCGGCCAUUUACACAGCAAUGAUUAGAAUGGCAAUGUUAUACACUCUACUUUCCCAGUCAAGAUGGGGUUUGAGAUGAACUAUAACUACCAAAGAAUUUGUGAAAGACUACUGUUGUAUCUAUUUGUGUGUGUGUAAAAUAUAACAAAAACACUAGGUACCCUAUUUGGGACU